AUGUCGGGCUCCACGAACCGCUACCAGGUGCCGCCCACCGUCACGGUGCUCACAAUGAUGAAGGCCCGCCUGGUGGGCGCCACCAAGGGCCACGCGCUGCUCAAGAAGAAGGCGGACGCGCUGACGGUGCGGUACCGCCAGAUCCUCAAGGAGAUCGUCGAGGCAAAGCAGGGCAUGGGCGACACAAUGAAGGGCUCGUUCUUUGCGCUGGCGGAGGCCAAGUAUGCGGGCGGCGACAGCAUCAAGCACACGGUGUUUGACAACGUGUACUCGGCCAUGGACAACGUGGCGGGGGUGAAGAUCCCAAAGUUUGAGAGCGUCAGCCAGCCGGGGGACACCAAGAUGGACCUCACGGGCCUGGGUAAGGGCGGGCAGCAGAUCCAGUCGUGCCGCAAGGCCUACAUCAGCGCCAUCCAGCUCCUGGUGCAGCUGGCCAACCUGCAGACCGCCUUCAUGACACUGGACGCGGCCCUGAAGACCACCAACCGUCGAGUGAACGCGCUGGAGAACGUGGUGAAACCCAAGCUGGAGAACACCAUCGCGUACAUCAAGGGUGAGCUUGACGAGCUGGAGCGCGAGGAGUUCUUCCGCCUGAAGAAGGUGCAGAAGAACAAGCAGAAGGCCGCGGACAAGGCCACCGCCAGCAAGGCCACGGCGGCCGCGCAGCAGCAGAAGGACCCCUUUGCAGACCUGGGCGGCGUCGACAGCAAGGGGGACGGCGUCGCGGCGUCCAACAUGCUCGCUGACGCCGCUGACGAGGACCUGGUGUUCUCGUGA